CGCGGAUUCCUCCGAUCAAGACCACUGCCUCCUUACCCCGGAGCUCUGCAGCGGGAGGGCGCGGUCUUUUCGUGUCCCUGCUUGCGUUUGAGUGACCUGAAUCAGGUGGCUUGCAGGCGGACUUGUAUCAGAUAGCACAGGGCUAUUCAGUAAUUUAAUGUCAGAGCCUGAAUGACUUGGUUAAACGUGUUUCUGGUUGAGUUCUUCGUUUAAAUGUGUUCAUCGAAUUGUUUUUCUUCCUUUUUUAUCAGUUUUUCUUGCUGCUUUUGUUACCUGCUUCAGUCCCUUUCCUGCCAAAACCACAGACUUGUACACACCAGUACGCUUCUGUGUUUGUGUUUUAACACACCUGCAAGCACAGCUUACAGCAAAAACUAAUUGUAGAGAAACACACUGAAAGCACGGUGAAGCGCGGGUAAACGUAUUGAGACAAACCGUGCUGAACUGCAACGUUGCUGUGCGUCUUCACAGUGGUUAGCUCAGAUAGCAGGGCUUUACACAUGCUGAAAAUAAAUAUCACAACACAGGACCGACCUUUACAGGAAACUGUAUUCAUUGUAGACCCUUUUAUUAUUACAGCUUUACAGGAAUGAGCCAGCUUUUGUAGAUGCCCCACGCUAUGGCUGGUGUUGUUUUCUAACUUGGCUUCUGUACGUGCAUAUGAAAUACCUUUGCGGCAGAUUCCAGACGAGCGGGAGUCCUCAAUCCGUGACGUUACAAGGGGGGCCCUGAGCCGAGAGAGUUUCCGGACCCCCGUGUUAGAAUCGCUGCACCUUCCAGGUACCAAACCUCGUCUUGGACACUAAAACUAUUUUUUUUAUAUAUAAAUGCAUUUCCCAAAAGGGUAAAAUUAUGGAUUUUCUAUGUGUGAAUUAUUUGCUGUUGCUUGAAUGUCCAAAUACGGGUGGAAAUGAUAAAUACCCACCAAACGCUUUUGUAAAACCCGGGAACUUUUCGGUAAAAAUCUGAAAAAAAAAAGAGAAUAAAUUAGUCUCGCUGUCUUACUUGUCGUCUCACGUUGAUGAUGCCAGUUGCGGUUUUGGGGGCUCGUCUUGUAAUAUUCGUUAUAGUAAAAUAUUCCAUUUUAAAGGUAAUUAAAAACGAAAACAAAUCAACAAUUUCAAGCCGGAUACCGCAGUGCUAAUUGUUUGUACAAUACCUAUCAUCUGUGCAUUAAGAUGUGAAAGAGCGCCAUGGCAACAGCUAAAACAAUCAUGACAAAAUCAACAAUGACAGCUCCAGACCCGUGUGGUUAGAAACACAGCACGUAUUUGAAAUGUGUACACCCAGCAUGCUAAAAAUACAGAUCGAUGCUGAACCGCGGAGCUGCAGCAGAGUAUACACGAAUAACCCUCUGCUUCAGCUGGGGGAAUAGCAAACAAGCACAACCUAAAAGAACACAUGCAUGCUUAUACCCGCACUGUCUUCAUACAUCUGCUCCGAAGUCUAUAAGGUGGCAUCUAAGGGAUGGGUUUGUCCGGCGCUUGUCUUGCACACCUUGUUCUUGUGAUAUAGAAUUGUCAAUCAAUAUAAUAUAACAAAUAGACAACUAUUAUAUAAUAUAUCAUUUCGACUAGAAGCAGGCUUUUUUUUUCUAAUAGAAAUCAGCUGGCUGUAACCGGAGAUCUAGAAAUAAUGAAAAAAAACAAAAAAAAACUAAUAAAUUCAAUGACAAACGUUUUGACCAGCAGCCUUCUAGAAUUCUAGUCGGAACGUUAGUCAUUGGAUUUAUUAAUACGAGUUGGAAUUCUAUUUGUAUUCAAUUGAUCAUUGUUAGUUUGUGUAGUUAAGUGUGACGUUCAUUUUUCAAAACAAGGAAUUACAUUUUUGUUAUUAAAAAAAAGAAAGAUUCUAUUUUUAUCGCAUAAUUAAGAAUACUUCAUCUGUAUAUGAGCUAUGGACUAGUGCUGUAACUACUCAUAUCACUGCAAUAUUAAAGUGUCUCUUUCUACAGUCCUGGAGGCGGUCUUUGGUUUGUUGGACUGAGAGGAUAAAGUUUACUGGUAAUGCAAAAAUCCCGGUUACGUCACUAUGUUUGUUUACAGCCUGUCGGCGAUUACAGCUCUAACCUUGUCGUGACGAUUCUGGAAACACCUGGGCACGUGCAUACUUUCAAAGGAAUGCGCACGUAAAUCCUAUUUCCACGCAGCUGUGAAAAGCCCAGAAAGGAAGAAAAGACACACAAAAGCGGCAGGAAGCGUGACGAAAUGCGCUACAAUAGCUGUAUCCGCUCAAAAAUAAAGCCUAUCAGUUGUUUUUCUACCCUUUCAAAAAAAAUAUUGCCCACAAAACGAACCCUAAUGCAGUUUUGCAAACAUGACAGCGGCGGUGAAGGGGCUGACACGUGACUUCACAGCUUAUUUUAAACCUCUGAGGUUCAAUCUGCCAGCAUUGAAACUGCAGGGCACUCAGAAUACAGUCACCACUCCUUGAACUCGGUCAGCAAUCUGCCAGCAUUGAAACUGCAGGGCACUCAGAAUACAGUCACCUCUCCUUGAACUCGGUCAGCAAUGGAAAACACCAGCGAGUCAGACGACUAUUAUAUCGACUAUUACUACAACUAUGACAACAACAACGCCUCUGAUUUUAAUAUGACUGAAGCGUGUGAUGCCACCCAGCUCCCUUUCCAGAAGUAUCUCAUCCCAGCGCUGUACUUCCUCGUGUUCUUCAUCGGGCUCCUGGGGAACUUGCUCGUCAUCCUGAUCCUCAAUUCCAAGCAAUCCUGCAAGAGGAGGCUCGUGGAUACUUUCGUCAUCCACCUGGCCGCGGCGGAUCUGGUCUUCGUUUGCACUUUGCCUCUCUGGUCGGUCUCGGCGGCUCACGACCACCAGUGGGAUUUCGGAAACUUCCUUUGCAAGGUCAGCAGUUACGUCAUCGCCGUCAAUAGGUACUCCAAUAUCUUUUUCCUCGCGUGCAUGAGCGUGGACAGGUACAUGGCCAUUGUCAAGAUGCUGGACUCGAGGUUUCUACGCAACAACAGGUGCGUGCAAAUCACCUGCUGCGUCAUCUGGGUAUCGUCGGUACUGCUCGGCACUCCGGCGCUCGUUUACAGAAACGUGUCUGAGGAAGAGGACGGCAGAUUAAUCUGCAGCGAAGAUAGCCGCUCGACCUUUUUCAGCAGCAUCAGCCUGCUGUCUCUGGUUCUCGCGUUCGUCCUUCCCCUGGCCGUUAUCCUGUUCUGCUACUGCUCCACCCUGGCUAAACUGCGCCGCCACCGCCUGCACCAAAGCGCCAAAACCGACCUGAAGCGAAGGCACUCCAUCAGGAUGGUGUUCAGCAUCAUCGCCGCUUUCGUCAUCUCCUGGUUGCCGUUCAACGUCUUCAAAAGCAUCCACCUCGUGUCCAAUCUGCGGGAAGCCUCCCUCUCCUGCUCCCUCCAAACCGCCCUCAGGUGGGGCUUGGUCAUAUCUUCGUGUCUGGCUUUCUUCAAUAGCUGCGCAAACCCCAUCAUCUAUUUCUGGCUGGACAACCACUUCAGACACCGCGCGAAGGACGUGUGCCUCGGCCUCUUCUCUUCCAGCCACCGCUCUACUGCGCCUUCAGUGUCCGGCGCGGCUACUGACAGCACGGGCUCGACAGCAAGCAGGACACGCCUGCCUUCCGUUCUUCUGACGCAGCCCAAAUGAAUUUCCAGUCUCCAAUACGAUGGUAGUCUCUGGGUGUUUUACCGACAUUUUAUAUAAAAGAAAACGUUUAAGAAGGCUUUGAAGACACGGAGGAUAUGAAAUGGAUAGUGACGGUUUCGCACUUCACUCGGUGUUUCGUGAAGACGCAGAUUCAGCGCACUGCGCAUCACACACAAUCAAUACACCCCUUCCAGCCUCCAGGAGUCGAGUUUCUUCACAUUAUAAAGUGCUUUGAACAAAAAAAACAUCAUUGAUACAUUUAAAUUAACUAUUAACUAUGCAAAUGCAUAUUGUUUUAUAACUCAAUAACAGCAAACAACGCGCGCUGUCUCUCCCUGUAGAUUUGUAUUACAAUCUGUAAAAUGUUUCUUGAGAGAAUGUGUGUAUUAUUUGUAAUAUUUGGGGGAGUUGCUUUUUUGUUAUUUUUUUUAAAGGUAGUGGAACUGAAAUGUUGAUUCAUUUGGAGAUCAAUGUACAGAGAGAGGUUAACAAAUAUAUGCCAAUUCAUGACUUUUUUUUUAAAUAUAGUGAUGUAUUGUAUAGAUUGUAUUUUUAAACAGUGCGAGUUCUAAAUGUAAAAUUGCAACUAUAGACUUUGUAAUUGAAAUCCUCGGAAUGCACGCAUAGACUCUUCGAAAAAAAAGCUUCUAGAACCAUUAAAAGGUUCUUUGCACCGAUGUCACAGGGGAACCUUUUCUGGAUCUUCAAAGAACCUUUUAAAAUGGUUUCAAAUAGUUUAAAAAGAGCCAUCUGAUAAGGUAUAAGGUUCUUCUGACACAAAAGGUUCUUCAAAGAACCUUGACAACAUCCAAGAACCAUUUAAGAACCUUUUUAUAUGAGUGUACCAUUAAUAAUGAGUUUGUGAUCAUAUUUGUUGAGUUUAUAUUUUACAGAAUUUACAGUUUAGUACUGGUGACUGUGUAUUAUUAUUAUUAUUAUUAUUAUUAUUAUUAUUAUUAUUAUUAUUAUUAUUAUUAUUUAGCUAUGCAUAUUAAGAUACACAUUGAUAUUUCAACGUAUUCUUUAUUGAAAUGAUUAUAUUGCAACCCCUUUGUAUUUUUGCAUUUAAAAUGUAAUAUAAUUAUGAAGGAGAUAGAUGUUGUUCAAUUGCUAUUUUUAUAGAGCUGCAAUGUUUUAGAAUUGUGUCCUUGUAAUAUAUUUUCAAGUUGCUUUGUAGAAUGUAGGUCUGUGUUAGAAUUUGAAUUUGUUGAUAUAAAAAUGUUUUUUGCGAAUAUGAGACAUUUAAAAAUCUGCCUUAAUGAUUAGCCUUCAAAUACAGAUAACUUAAUGUAAGUUGACUUAAUUUCUACUGACAAAAAUAUGUAAUUAUAGCAUUAAA